AUGAACAGGACAACGUCGGUAUUGUCUGAACUGCUACUUGCUACUCCCAACACUCCUCUGCAGUAUCCCUUCCAGGGCUUUCACGUACUACCUCUGACCCCCACUUUCAUACCAGGUUUGAAGCUGUUUCCAGAACAAAGAAAGAGCUACAGGGUAACUUUGCAAGUGUCCAAAGGAGUGCUGACCACUGAAACUCCACCUGCAGAUGUUGAUGUUUUAGGUGACGGUGAGAGUGUGCUGAUUAUAGAGUCUAAGAACCUCAACAACCUCAACUAUGUGCUGACUACAGUGUCCUAUCAGAGCACCACCUACCACGUUCACACUGGAGACCUGGUGACUUUUUCAUAUGAGAACCAUGAAGUCGUGUUUCCUGUCACCAUCAAAUUGCCAAAAGUCCCAGUGCUAUUCGACAUGGGGAAGGACAUCAAUUCUCAAGUCACCAUCACCAUUAAAACAUUCAUUCGCUACAAUAACCUCAGGAUUUUAAUAAAAAGUAUCCGUGAGUUCUACCCCAACAUCACAAUCAUUAUCGCAGAUGACAGCAUUGAGACACAGCCAGUGACCGGGGAGAACAUCCUGCAUUACAUUAUGCCUCCAGCCAAGGGUUGGUUGGCAGCCAGGACCAUGGUGGUGUCCCAGGUUAUGACCAAGUACUAUCUGUGGGUGGAUGAUGACUAUGAGUUUACAGAGAAAACAAAGAUCGAGAAGAUGGUUGAGGUGAUGGAGGCGAACCCAGAACUGGAUAUGCUUGGUGGUUCAGUAAGAGGGAACCUAUACAACUUUAGUGUCAUCUAUGAAGAGGGAAAUGAAAUUGAAGAGGGCUGCCUUUACAGAAAAAUAGGAGAACUUUUCCAACCCCUUCCUGGUUUCCCAGGAUGUUACCUGGUCAGUGGGGUGGUUAACUUCUUCUUAGCUCGUACAGAUUCUUUACAGAAGUCAAGAUGUGACCUGAAGCUCCGAAGACUGGCUCAUGCAGUGUACUUUAUUGAUGGUGCUGGCUCCCUGAUGGUGGCCAGUUGUCACGAUUUCAUCAUUGGCCAUCAGUCUAACAAGAGUCAAGAGGACAAGGCACCACCACAGAUUUCCAUGAAGAAGUGACUGGAACUUUAAAGACAGA